AUGGCACUGCGCGUUCUCGCCCUCAUUCUCCUCGUGCUCGCCGCGCCUAUCCAAGCGUGCACGGGCAGCCCAGAUUGCCGAUCUCCUGACGGGCCGAGUCAGCAGUGCAGUGAUGAUGCCGGACCUCCCUGGGUCGACGACGAGGAGCACUUUGGCUCGAAGCGAUACCACGAAGGCACGCCGGCGACGCCCGUACUGGCCAGCGGCGAAUGUCCCGACCCGCUCGCCACGUCUUGCGCCACCAAGGGCAUCAAGUCGGCGCAUCUUGACGGGCCAAUUGACUGUGGCGGCAGCGGCUGGUUCUGCCGAAUCCUGCCUCAAGAAGGAUGGGUGCCCGAGGGCGGCUUCCAAGACUCAAACUUUGCGCACUGCUCCACACCUAAUGCGGACGAGAAGGACACCGACGGCCACUGCCACGGCUCGGACGAUGACAGCACGUACGGCUGGUGGGCGCGUGAUCACUGGUUUAGAGGUUACGCAGGCACGCUGCACUGCUGCUGCGGGUGGGGUGAGCCAAUGCACGGCGUCGUCAAUCGCUGUGACUACCGGAAGUUCGUCACCAGGGUUGAGGUGGACACCUGCCGCGACGCAAACGAAGAGCACAACGUCGAUUUUGGCCCCACUUGCGAGGCCCACGCACUCAAGGCCGACCCGCUCGACGCCACCCCGUCACAGAUUGCUGCCGCUACAACGGCGAUCCAGCAGAAGGCCUCAACACUCAAGGACAAGUCUGUCCCCACCAAGGCAUUCAGCAAGGCCUUUGCGACGGCGAACAGCGGCCUUGAACAGCUGACGGAGCUCGCCAACAAGUACGAUGAGGAGCACAAGCUGAAGGAGAAGGUGCUUGCCACGAUCGAGGGCCCACGCGAGAAGGCGAUGGCGGCGCUGGCCGAGGCGUCGGCGCACGCCUCCUCGGUCUCGGCUGCGGCCACUGCAGCGCUACAGGGCGUGCGCGACGGCAUUCAUGCGCGCUCUAGCGGCAUUGCAGCAAACAGCGCCUCGUUCAUCUUCUCAACGGCCGCCAAGGUGGACGACAAGUACCACAUCGCAGACAAGGCGGGCGAUGGCCUCUUCGCUCGCGGGAGCAAGGGUUCGUUGACGUCUCGCCCCGGCUCUCUUGCGCGCGCCGAGGAGUACGGCCUCGCGGAGAAGACCUCAAAGCUGGUGGAGACUCUCGACAAGGAGUAUCUCAACGGCAAGGUGGCGCCCAUUGCGCACGCAGCAUACGAAGCUGCCACGUCGAUGCUAACCACCGGGUCGGAGUAUAUCAAAGCGGGCCUGGAGGAGGCGCGCGGUGGCGAGUCCGCGCCUGAGGCUGCGCCGGACGACGAGGCGACAACGACGACGAGCGCGUGA